AUGCACAAUCGCAUAAACAACGACAUCUCGCAAUUGCUCCAGCGGUUCGAGAACAUUAUGGCUACAGCUACGGUCGAAAGCACAAGCCACACCACCACCGCCGUCGAGACAUACCAGCUCGACGUUGAGUCCACAGCACUGAUCCGCGCCGCAGAAGACAUCCUCUCGCUCACCCGCACCAUGAAAGAGACCUGGCUGUUUGGGAAACUCGACACGCUGGGCGAAGACGAGUCCGAGACGAAGCGCCGCGAGGAGCUGGAGCGCGAUGCGGCGGUCAUUCAGAAGGUCAUUGAGGAUGCGGGGAUUCUGAAGGCCGCGAAGGAGUGA